GCGACACUCUUGAAAGUAAAGAGAAACAGAAAGUUAUAAAGAGGCGAAGAAGACAUGCCAAGAUAUUUAUAUAAAAAUACCUGUUCUUUUAACGUAUCAGAAACAUAGGCGAAAAUAAAUAUUUGCAGAAUCAAUAGGCAGCCGAGAAAAAAAGCUGUGACCAUCUUGAUAACAUCUUUUGUCUAAAAUUAAAUAAAAAUCUGAUAAAAUAAUAAUAAUAUUUCUAAUAUAUUUUAUUUUCAUUUUUCUAAGUUUUAGCACCGAACAUUAAUAUAGCAAGAAGGGUCACUCUAAGUCCCGCCCUAUUUUACGUUAUUUCCACGCGGCUGUGUUUGGUCGCUGUCGCAACCGUUUCUCGGAGUCAGGCGGAGUCCGUCGAUAUGCACGUGUGUGAAGGCUUAACGCUCGCAGUAUACCAGGCCGGGGCGAAUAAUACGUUGUGAGUCAGUUAAUUAAUUGCAGGUUGUCUUCACUACCGGAAGGUCUUAUUUGAAAUCGGUGUGUUUUUUUGUACAUAGUAUAUUUAUUAAACUAUUAUAAAGGUUGGUUAUAAAAAUGCCGAGAUCUUGUUGCGUAGAGGGCUGCAAUAGCAGGCAAGGACCUGGUGGGAGAAUAUGUUUUCGUUGUCCGAGAGAUGAAAUAAGAUGCCAACGUUGGAAAGACGUUUUGAAGUUUGUAGGAGCGCACAAAUAUGCUAAUCUUACUGUGGGACAGUGUUAUGUCAGAUUGGCAGUAUGUGAUUUGCAUUUUACAACUCAUGAUUUCCUGGAAAAUAGCUUCAGACCUGGUCUGAAAUAUAAUGCAAUUCCGUCCUUAAACUUGGGCUAUGAAAGAAAUAUGGAUGCCUCCAUUCAAACCGAUUGCAUUAACUUAGAAGAUGCAGGUUUACAGACGGAUUUUAACCUUAAUCGUGAAAAGAGCAACGACGCAUCUUCGCAAACUGAUACGUCUAAAUUAUAUAGCAGAUCUACACAAACAACAGCCAUACUGUCAGCAAACACCUGA